AUGGCAACCAAGGCAAUCACUUUCUACUCUCACCGUGAUGGUCCAAACCCUUGGAAGAAUGUUAUUCUUUUUGAAGAAUUGGGAAUCGCCUAUGACCCUACCUAUCUUGUAUUUGGAGAGGGCAGCGGUGGUGUAGAGCAUGAAACCUUUCUCAAGAUCAAUCCAGCUGGGCGCGUGCCAUGGAUCAAGGACCCCAACACCGGCAUCGAACUGACAGAGUCCAACCUGAUAAGCGAGUAUCUUGCCGAAAAGUAUGAUACAAGAGGCAUUUUCAACGUUGAGGGAGAGCAGAAUAAGCUUCUCGUCAAGCAGUGGCUCGGAUUUCAAGCAGCGUCUCAGGGGCCAUUCUUUGCUCAGGCCUUGAUUGCACAGCAUAAGUUGAAGAAUGAAGGCUCAACUAAGCACUUUCAAGCUCUGGUCAAGAGAACUAUCACUACCGUGGACCGCGCGCUUCAAGGCAAGGAGUACUUGGUGGGGGGUAAAAUCACUCUCGCUGAUAUUGCAUUCAUUCCUUGGGAUCGCGCGCUGGAUACCAUUCUGGCGGGCGAUUCCGAGUCAGCAACUGCCGAACAGCGUGAGAAGCUGUGGCCCAACUGGAGUGCAUGGCACAACCGAGUCAUGCAGCGACCUUCGGUCCAAAAAGCUGUUCAAAUCCAGAACACAGAGCAGGGCAAGAAGUAG